AUGUUCACCCCAGAAGAGGGCGCGUGGCUCGUGCCCCUCGACCUGAAGUACAAUAUCUCCGUUCCCGGACUAUCCAUGCUAUAUCCGCAUGUCCACUGCGAUGAUAAAGGCUGGAUCUGUCAGAUGACGACAGGCGAGAGUGAGAUCAACGCCCCGGCAUCCACCACUGCACUCUUCUUCUCACCUUAUUUCGAUUUCACGAGCACGUACUUCAUGAUCGCUGGCAUCGCGGGCGGUAAUCCGUACUAUACGACAACUGGGAGCGCAGCGUUCGCGCGGUACUCAGUCCAGGUGGCACUCAGCUACGAAAUCGACCCGCGUGAAUUGCCCAGCAACUGGACCACAGGCUAUUUCGGCUUCGGCACUACCGCGCCAGAUAUGUACCCUGGCAUGUCCAACUGGUAUGGUACCGAAGUGUUCGAACUCAACACCAACUUGCUGCCGAGGGUCAUGGAUCUCGUCAAGGAUGUCAAAUUGAAUGACACAGCGGACGCGGCGGCAUGGCGCUCGAAGUACGACUUCGCCCCGGCUAACCUCCCCCCGACGAUCGUGCAAUGUGAUGUCGCCACUAGUGAUGUGUGGUUCUCUGGUGCCAUGCUGAGCGAAGCGAUGGGGAAUAUUACGGAGGUCUGGACUAACGGUACCGGCAAGUAUUGCACAACCGCUGAAGAAGAUAAUGCGACUCUUGAAUCUGCAGUCCGAGCCCACCUUGCAGGGAUGGUUGACUACAGCCGGUUCAUCCUCCUCCGCACGGGAGGGUUCGAGGUGGCAAUCACGAACAUCUUUAUGGCUGGAUGGCCUGUGGUUAAGGAGAUAGUGUAUGAUUGGGAUGCCUUCACGAGAGGGUAUGGAGAUGUGCUCGGAUCACUGCUUUGA